AUGGCGGCGUCGCACGGAUUGACGGCUCUCCUUCAUCGCCGCCUCGCAGACACGGCCUCUCUCGCUUCCGGAUCCUCCUCGUUCUUCGUUCCCUCGUUGGAUCCUAGCCUCACCCCGUCGUUAUCGCACCGCCAUCAACGCUCGUCCGUCGAUUUCCCCUCAGAUCAACAACUAGAUCGCUUCGUGCCAGCUGGCACCAGAGCUGCCGCCCGAAUGCGGCCGCAGCCGAGCGCCAGAGCGGGCACAUGCCAUGCCGUUGCUAGCGGCGGGAGUGACGGCGGCAGCGGCGGAGGUGCGAACUACGCUCGUAGCUGGCGAAACAAGGGCGAGAGCGCACGGGCUCGGGUGACUAUAGCGCGGGUGGGGAUUUCGAUGUCAGGGCUGUCGCUUGGCGGGUCUUAUAGCGGGGGCUCAGGGUCCAUAUCAGGCAGUGGGGAGGCGCAGCAGGGAUGGCAGCAGCAGCGCCGACCGCAGCAGCAGCAAAGGCCGGGGGGGAGACGCGGGGUUUCUCCCGCAAAGGCGGCCAUCGGCGGAGCUGUUGUCGGAGGAACGGCGGAAGAAGGAGGUGGAGCGCGCAAUGCGCGAGGCUCGGGGGAAGGGGGCGCGGAGGGGCUGGCGGAGGCAUUGCAGAUAGAGCCGCCGGCGCAGCCGCAGUGGCCGUUUUGGCGGAAGAAGCGCGAGUCGAGCUCCGGCGAGGCGCGCAUGCUGACGCGACGCAUCGUCGAGCUGGGGAAACGGCGACAGCUGGACCAGGUGUUUCAACUGCUGGACGACGCGAAGCGCAGCAGAAAGGCGGUGAACAUGAUCACGAUGAAUGCGGCCAUGGCGGCGUGCGUGAACUGCGGCGACAUCGACCGCGCGCUCGACCUCUUCGACGACAUGACGGCGGACGGCGGCACGGGCGUCGACUCCAUCACCUACGGCACGCUGCUGAAGGGUCUCGGUCGCGCAAAGCGGUUGGACGACGCGUUCGAGGUGUUGGAGGCGAUGGAGGACGGUACGGCGCCGGGGCGGCCGGAGCUGACGGCGGUGCACCUCAACACGCUCGUGAACGCGUGCGCGGACGCGGGGGACGCUCGGCGCGCCAUGAGCGUCGUGCAGCGCUACAAGCGCGCCUUUUCGGGGGCUAUUGGGCCGUCCGCGUUCACCUACAACCUGCUGCUCAAGGUAUGCACAAUGUUCGGAUGGCCAUCCCCCAUCCCCCGGUUACCCCCCUCGCCCGCUCACUCCCCCCGCUUCCGCCAGGGGUACGCGCGGUCGGACAACCCACUGGAGGCGGUGAGCGUGGCGGAGGAGAUGCACCUGCAGGGGCUGCAGUGGGAGCGCGUCACCUUCAACUACCUCGUCCUCUCGCUUCCCCCUUUCAGCCCCCCCGUCCCUCCCUCGUUCCAUCCUCAUUCCCGUUCAACCCCCCUUCCUGGUCAAUCCUCAUCCCCCCUCACCCCCCGCCCCCCUCCCCCUGCCCAUCCCCCGCGCUUCCGCCAGGGCUAUGCGCGGUCGGACAAUCCUUUAGAAGCGCUGAGCGUGGCGGAGGAGAUGCACCUGCAGGGGCUGCAGUGGGAGCGAGUCACCUUCAACUGCCUCAUCCUCGCCUGCGUGCGCGCCGGGGAUAUGGACCGCGCACUCGACCUGCUGCAGGGACAUGAAGGACAUGAAGGUGUGUGGGGGGCCCUUGGGCGCGAAUGUUUAAGGGGCAUGAAUGGCCCUGGGGAUAUGGACCGCGCACUCGAUCUGCUGCAGGACAUGAAGGUGGGGGAGGGGAGGGGAGGGAUGGGCGCGGGGGGAAAGGGCGCUGGGGUCAUGAUGGCAGGGGACAUGGGGGUCAUGGGCGCAGGGACAUGGGGGUCAUGGGCGCAGGGACAUGGGGGUCAUGGGCGCAGGGACAUGGGGGUCAUGGGCGCGACAUGGGGGUCAUGGGCGCAGGGGACAUGGGGGUCAUGGGCGCAGAGGGACGUUGGCUCAGAGGGUGUUGACGCAGGGGGGGGCAUGGGCGCAGGGGGACAUGUAGCAGGGGCCAUUGGCCCUUGUGAUUAUGGGGCAUGGACUGCCCACACGAGCAGUCACUGCCCGCAUGCGCCUUGGCAGGCAGAGGCAUUGAGAAGGGGCGAUGACGACGUGCUGCCAGACGCCGUCACCUACACCACCAUUAUCAAGGGCCUAUCAGAGGAGGGUGGCAGAGACGCGCUGAGGGACGUGGUGGCGGACAUGAAGCGCGCCAGCUGUGGCCUAUCAGAAGAGGGCGACAUAGACGCGCUGAGGGACGUGGUGGCGGACAUGAAGCGCGCCAGCUGUGUGCGCAGCCCUGCCGGCCCCUCCCAGCCGCACUGCCGCGCCCUGCUUGCAGCUGAGGGGCCUUCUGGGGUGGCGGCUGUUGGGGGGAAGAGGGCCAGCACUGGCAGUGCCACCUCUAGCAGCAGCAAUCCGCUGGUGAUGGACCGAGUGGUGUAUACGGCUACCAUUGAUGCCUACAUUGCUGUCGGCUUGCCUGAAGGUGCGUGUGUGGCGGUGUGUGCGUGUGUGGUGCUGUGUGCGUGUGUGGUGGUGUGUGCGCGUGUGGUGGUGUGUGCGCGUGUGGUGGUUUGUGUGUGUGUGGUGGUGCGUGAGCGUGUGGUGGCACAUGUUCUCUCCUUAUGCGUUGCGUACACUGCUUGCCACUGCAUCCCUCCUCCUCUCCACUCGCCCCGACACCCACCGCCUUCCCUUCCCCCUCCCAUGUCGCCUCUCUCUCGCCCACUCGGCCUUUGCCUCCCAGACGCGCUGCAGUGCAUGGCGGAGGUGGAGGAGCUGGGGAGAGCGGACGCGCUGCAGUGCAUGGCGGAACUAGAGGAGCUGGGGCGGGCGGACAGAGGCAUGCGGCCACGGGCGCAUGUCUUUCUCUCCCUCAUGCGCUCCCCUCGCUGCUGCUGGCGACCUGCCGUCCACGCAGCAGCUCGCCGGCCGGCUGGUGCGCGACGCGGGCGGCAGAGUGUGGCCGAGGAGCGGGCGGAGGCGGCAGAGCUGGUGCUGGAGGCGGCCACCCGCGCCGGGCGAGCGCGGCUGUUGGAUCAGAUGGAGGCUAUGCACGGGCACCAGCUGCGCAUGUCCCUGCGCGGCAUGCAGGCGGUGGUGCAGCUGAUGGCAGCAACGGGGGCGGGCUUUGAGCGCUUCACGCCCAUCGGCAUCAGACAAGAGCUGUCGCUGCGUGAUACGGUGCAGUCUGUCAUGGUUCCCCUGGCUGACGUGGCAGUGGCCCACCCUGACCAGUCACUGGCGGAGCUGAGGUCAGCAUGGCCAGAUUUGAUGCCUGCUGACGUCAUCCCAGUGAUCAACGGUGCUGAUGAAUGCGUGGGCGUUCUGAGAGUACCAAACCAUGCUGUGGACCCCACAACCCUUAUCAUGCACCUCAUGCUGCCCCCCCCGCCCUCGCUCUCGUGCCUCUCCACCGUCUCCGAAGCCGCUCUGCUCCUCUCCUCGUGCCGCACGCCCCUGGCGGCGGUGGUGGCGGGCAGUGCACGCAUGCGCUAUGGGCUCGCCAAGGAGGCGGUGCAGAGGGGCGCGGGGGAGGAGCGGCGCGUGGUGGGGUUUGUGCGUGCUGAGGCCGUGUUCGAGGGGCAUGGCGGGUGCUGGUGGCACUCUGGGGAGCAGAGGGAGGAGGGGGAUGUUGUGGAGGAAGUGGCUGCUUUGGAGGGUGGUGAUGUGCCCCUUGGUGAAGCUGAUGGUGGGGAAUUUGGAGGGAGCAGCAGCGAUUCUGACUCCCUUUGUAGUUGCGUGAAGGCAGCUUGA